AUGGCUGAAGUUCGACUAACAGGGCUGGAGAAGUCCAUCACACUGGCGGAGGUGGUGGAAGCAAUUGUUGCCUUUGGCAAGUGCGAGCAGGAAAAGAUUCAGACGGGAGAUAUUAAGAUCUCCCCGAAUGGAUUAGGGUCCCUUUGGGCCAGAUGCCCUCUUGUUGCUGCCAAUCGCCUCAUGGCGGACAACGGGGGGCGCAUUAAAAUAGGGUGGGGACAUGUUCAAGUAACACUGCUAGAGGAGAGGCCUCUGCAGUGCUACAAGUGCCUGGAGGGAGAACACGUCAGGCAACGUUGCCCCAAUCGCGCCGAUCGGAGCAAUCAAUGCUACCGUUAUGGCCGAGAGGGGCACGUGGCCAAAGAGUGUAAAGAGGACUUCAACUGCCCGGUGUGUAGGAACAGAGGCCUUCCCGCAAAACACCGGACGGGAAGCAAGGCCUGCACACCGGUGCAGAAAGGAGUCAGAGGGGUGGCGCUAAAUAGACUGGUCGAAAAAAAAUAG